AUGGCAACAGCUCAGUUAACGGCAUCAUCAGUGACAGUGUCAGCCAGGAACUUGGCAUCAUUGAAGGGCUAAGACCUUCAACUGUCAAGUUCGCUUUUUGGGACGUUGAGAACUGGGGCUUUAACCCAGAGGUCGUUUCGUGGUUUGGUAGUUAAAGCAGCCACCGUUGUUGCCCCCAAGUAUACUUCAAUUAAGCCCUUGGGUGAUAGAGUGUUGGUGAAGAUAAAAAAUGUGGAGGAGAAGACUGAGGGUGGUAUUUUACUUCCAACAACAGCGCAAUCAAAGCCACAAGGAGGUGAGAUUGUUGCUGUUGGCGAGGGGAAAACAAUUGGAAAUACCAAAGUGGACAUCUCUGUGAAGACUGGCACCCAGGUUAUUUAUUCCAAGUAUGCAGGGACUGAAGUUGAGUUCAAUGGUGCUAGUCACCUUAUCCUCAAAGAGGAUGAUAUUGUUGGCAUUCUUGAGACAGAUGAUAUCAAGGAUCUCAAGCCUUUGAAUGAUAGAGUUUUCAUCAAGGUUGCUGAGGCUGAGGAGAAAACUGCUGGAGGUUUACUGCUAACAGAAGCUACAAAAGAAAAGCCUUCAAUUGGCACGGUCGUAGCAGUUGGACCUGGUCUUCUUGAUGAGGAAGGUAACAGAAAACCCUUAUCUGUAUCUGCUGGAAACACAGUCCUCUACUCCAAGUAUGCAGGGAAUGAUUUCAAGGGCAAUGAUGGUACUAACUACAUCGCACUAAGAGCUUCAGAUGUGAUGGCUGUUUUAUCUUAGUUGUCUAUCUUUUAUGUUGCGGGAUCUUGUGAUUGAGCAGCCUUAUUGGCAGAUGGAUUUUGAAUGUAAUUUCACUUGAAAUAUAAUCAGUUGCAGCUUCUUUAAUCA